AUAGAAACAAACUCGAAGCGCAGGAACUGUCCUCUCCGGACUCUGCACCCCUUUUUUUCUUCCACUGGAAUAUCACACCAGAAACAGCCACGUCUCUAUGGCCCCCAGCGCGCUAGAUUACUGUACCUCAACCAUGGAGAGGAGGAAAGAGCGUCACUAAGCCUGGAGUCAGGUGACCUCGCUCUGUUCUUUUCUUUUUUUUCGUUACCGGAUAUGACGAAUUUGCAGGAAAAGUUACCGACCGGUUGGGUAAUUGGACAGGCAUUUUCAAAGAGAACGGUUGAUGCAUCACUCAAUAUCUUCUCUGGUGAUCAAGAUAAUGUCUAUUGUUUCAAUGCUAUCUUUCUUCAGUAAUUAAAUUCAACAAAAGAAGCCCUUAAUUUUAAGCUUCCAUGAAGUUCAGCUGCUGCCUGUUGAUUCUGGUUCUUAACCUUGGUGUUUUUGCUCAAGAAAAUGUUACUUCCAACCUGACAUUUUCAAGGCCCCUGCCUCUCAACGUAUCACUUCUCCCUGUCUUUCAAAUUUUGAAAAAAAAUCCAGUUCCUCAGAAUAUCAUAGCAAAAGAAGGUACCUGUGUUUUCAUUGAAUGUAAUUUGAACGUUAGCCAACAGGACAUCAUACUCUGGUACAACUCAAAGGGGCAUCUUCUGGACCAAGGUGGAAGAGAUGGAAGACUGGUGAUCUCUGACAAUAUCCUCAAUAUCACAGGUGUAAUAUUUGCUGACCGGGGACGAUAUACUUGCAGUGUCACAAAUGAAAAUGGCACUUCUUAUUAUUCAGUCACCCUCAGAGUGGUCUCCACCUCUGGAGACAUGGGCAUUUAUUACAUGAUUGUCUGCCUAGUUGCUUUUACCAUCAUCCUAAUCUUAAAUAUUACACGUCUGUGCAUGAUGAGCAGCCAUCUUCGUAAAACAGAGAAGGCCAUCAAUGAGUUCUUCAGAACUGAAGGCGCUGAGAAGCUACAGAAGGCUUUUGAAAUAGCCAAACGCAUUCCUAUUAUUACCUCUGCCAAAACUCUAGAGCUGGCCAAGGUCACCCAGUUUAAAACCAUGGAAUUUGCUCGCUACAUUGAAGAACUUGCCAGAAGUAUCCCUCUGCCACCUCUAAUCCUUAACUGCAAGGCCUUUAUGGAAGAAAUAUUUGAAGCAGUGCACGUUGAUGACCCUGAUGAAGUAGGAGAUGGAGUGAAACAGACCCAAGCACUUGGUGCCCAAGAGGGAGUCUAUCCCUUAAACCCAGAAAUAAAGCGCAGUAAUUCACCAGCAGGAGAUUCAGAUGAUGGUUCAGUGAAUGACCACGGCAAAGAAAUAGCUGUGGAGGUAUCUGUCCACCUUCAGUCAGAGGCACAAAGCAUUGAUACUGUUUCUCACGAUAGUGUCCCCUCCCUGCCGUCAGAUGAUGGUCCGAGGGCUGAAUCCAAAUAGAAUUGCAAAGCUACUUGUGUAACGUUCCUCCUGAUCUGGAAGAACACUCUCAAACAAAAAAGGGAAAAUGCCACCAUAGUCUCAGAUGCAUGAUCCCUGUUUGUUUGUUUUUUGUUUUAAAUGUUGUUAGGUGACGGUAAAAUCAGCAUAGAUGAAACUAUUUUAAAAGUCUUAUUAUAACUAAUCUUAGAAGUAUUUUUCAGCAGAAUCCUUUCUAUCAAUUAUUGGUUACUCCAGUUACAAUUGAGUAGACAAACUUCUUGUUGGCUGGUGUAGUACAGUUUAUUUAUUAUUAUUAUUAUUGUGGGAGAAAGAUUGCAGUAAAUAGGGCACCAAUGGCAUGAUAUGAAAAAUAACUGGGGACUUUGUUACAUUUCCCCCCACUUUUCAGUGAGCUAAGGCUAAAAGAUGCACACACCUUUGCUUGCCCCCUAAAAACUAAAAUGAAGGCUGGUGAAUUAUCUGUUCAUGAGAUACAACCAAAUAAUACAUUGAUAUAAAUAGUUUUUGUCAUGUCUACCCAGAAACUUAAAUUUUUAUAUGUGGUCAGUUCUUUUAUUACAGUUCACAAGUGUAUUGUACAAGAAAUUAGAAUGUGGCAGGUCUUUUUUUAAUGCUAUAUGGAGAAUCUGAUCGUUACAACUAAAAACUAUGUGAAAAACUUAUGAAAUAUUCAGAGAUUCGUAUGUAUGUAUGUAUGUAUGUAUGUAUGUAUGUAUGUAUGUAUGUAUGUAUUGCAGUAUUUGCAUUAGAAAAUAGGAACCCAAGUGCAACCUUUGCAUUGCAGCCAAGGACGUACCACUUAAAAUAUUCUGCCAAAUUUUUGCCAAAUAUUUUAAUAAAUGAGGUUCUUUUCACAGUGUUAUUCAUAAUAUCAACUUUUAGAAUAUUAUUUCAUUUCAUUGCAGUGGUGAACUGACAAAAUCUUCAAGUUUUCUCAGUGUUACUAUGAUAAAAACAGUGACAACUUCGUUACUAGUGACUAUUUUGAAAUGUCUGCAGUAAUCUCAUUUAUAAACUUCAGCCUUCUUCGGGUAGUAUGUUCUUAAUUGUUAAUAUUAAGUGUCCAAUGUUGAGGACAAUGUGAUUCGAUAGCAGUUAUGUGUUCCAUGAAAAUCACCUAGUGGAAGCUGUUAACAUGAGUCAAUGAUAAUUUGGGUGAAAAAGAUGCACAGUUAGAACAGUAGGUUGAGAAUUGUUAUCUACGGAGUAACAUUUGGCUCCAAUAAAAGACCUGGGGAAACCUCAAAGAACACCACUGUUAUACAAUAAAUAACUCUCAUACGGACAUUUGGUUGAUUCACGUUCAACAGUAGUGUAAUUGCCUACUAUAGCUGUGGUGGCACAGUGGUUAGAAUGCAGUAUUGCAGGCUAAUUUUGCCGAUUGCCAGGAAUUCACUCAAAAUUGA